GUGGUGUGGAAACUUGGGUCACGUUGCAACAAGGACAAACGCACGUGUGGUGGGGGGUACGCUGCGCUUGCAUAUAAGCGACUGCUGCGAAUGUAUCCAGCAUUGUGCAAUCAUGUACAGUUGCAGGCACCUUGUGUUGGCGUUUUCCGUGGGAGUUAUGACUGUGUCUACGGCCUUGAUAGCGAUUCUCUGCAGAGCACGCCUGCCUCCCGGAGUCGGCUACACUCGCUUGAUGCUGAUACUGGUGGGCCUUCUUGUCGUUGCAGCACCCCUCGUUGCUGGUGACGACGACGGACCGCCUCCGCGGAAAGCCCCUCGAUUGGUGGGCAACGACGAUGACCCCCGGCCCGAUCCCCACCCCGAGGUCCAGGACUCCCCAUUGUCGCCUGACCCUGAUGACAGUGUGGAGGAGUAUGACUCGGAUGCCACCGUGGAGAACCUAAUACCCGGUGUAAGUACAAUUGGCUUCCUUGUUUUUCUCCUGACCCGUGGGCUUUUGGACCGAGGCCAAGGCAGAGGCCUCUCAAUGACACAGCGGUUGAGGACCUUCUGCUGGGACCCUGGGAAGUGUUGGAGGCUGCCAUCACGGGUAUGCCUCUACCACCGUCUCCAUCACCGCCCCGGGCCGCAGCCCGCAGGCUCCCUCUCCAGACGAUGCCGCUUCCUCGGCCGCGGCGACUUCCGAGGAUAA